CACAUCGCCGAUCCCUUUCAAUUAACAAACCCACCAGCAUGAAGCUUACCGCCAUUCUCACCGUCGUUGGCCUCGCCAUUACGGCCGCCGCAAACCCUGUCCCCGUUCCCGAGGCCGAGCCGGCCCAGCUCGAGGCCCGCAACUGCCCCGCCGGCGUCAUCCUCGAGAGCUGCCUUCGCCAGUGCAAGACGACCAAGUGCAGGAACUGCUGCUAUGUCGGAUGUGCCACUUGCUAGAACAAUCAACGGCUGAGGGUUUCGAUUGAGCCGAGUGAUAUUGAGGGAGACGUGAAGAGGACGGCGAGCUUUGUCAUUUAAUAUCAGUAUUCAUGCGCCAGAAGGGAAAUACAAUAGGCCCGAAGUCACGAGGUCUUGUUAUUUCUCUGCUAUGUAGGUGCUGUUGCCAAAGCCAGCAUGAACGAGACCGAACUCAUGGUUGAACGCCACUGCAGACAGCGGUUCCUUGUAUGUCUAAAGAAUCUCUUUGGACUGUAUUAAGCCGUAAGGAACGUAGCCAAAAACGGAGAAGAU